UACGUUCGUUACUUCUACAUCGCGGAAUGGCAGAUUCGGCCCCGACAUCCAAACCCAAGCCUACCAAGGCGGUCAAAAAACCAAAGGAGAAACCGACCGAGCCGGUUCCCCUUAAAAAGAGACCUUUCAAAAGGCAUGGACGUCUCUAUGCCAAAGCUAUCUUUACUGGCUACAAACGUGGUCUCCGUAACCAACACGAACACACCGCUCUUCUCAAAGUUGAAGGCACCAGAGUGAAACAAGACUCAGAAUUUUAUGUUGGCAAACGCUGCGUCUAUGUUUACAAGGCAAAGAACAAGACCCCUGUUCCCGGCAAAACAACGAAAAAGACAAAGGUUCGGGCAAUCUGGGGAAAGGUGACUCGCUCGCAUGGUACCAGUGGUUCCGUAAGAGCGAAAUUCAAGAGAAAUUUACCAGCUAAGGCCAUGGGACAUCGUAUCAGAAUUAUGUUGUAUCCAAGCCGCGUGUAAAAACCAUCUCGUACACUGUAAACAAAUAAAAGCCAUUUUUGGUACAAAAAAUCUAAA